AUGUCUCACAAACAAGGGAAAUUGAGUCCUAAUACUCCACAGACAAACCCAAAUGCUAUUAACCGUAAUGCGGGCAUUCAUGCACUGGAAUAUGAAGAAGCUAUGGAAGUCGAACAACCCUUGAGUGAUACUUCAGAACACGAUCCAUCCUCAGAUGCAAGUCAGGAUGAACAACACCCUUGGUUUUAUAAUGCUACUGUCAAAGGAUGUUGCGGGACAACUUGUGAACAAACAGAUGUUUCGGUUGAUGCCUUUGACGAAAAUGACGAAGCAAGAGCUUCAGGAGUUAUCGAAGGUGUCUUCGAAAACAUUUUACAUCAGAAACAAAGUGCCGCACGUGCAGAUGUUCGCGUGGUUCGAGGAUCAGGAAUGAUUCGUUGUCUCCCGUGGAAAAUACUUGUAAUUUUUCAUCCACCGGACGCUCAGUCGACAAUUGGUGUUUUUGUACAGUGUAAUGCAGAAAGCGAAUCACUAACCUGGAGUUGUACUGCCAAAGCAACUAUUCAGUUAGUUGCUCAGAGAUCGAAUUGCAAGAAUAAAGAAAUGAAAAUUCAGCAUACUUUCACACACAAGGAAAACGAUUGGGGUUUCCAACAAUUUAUUAGUUAUGACGAGUUGCUUAAUCCAGAGAGAGGUUUCUUAUCUCCAACAGAUCCGAAAGAUACAAUUAUUAUCCGAGCUCAUAUUAAAGCUGAUGCUCCUCAUGGUGCUGAUUGGGAUUCCAAACGCCACACUGGAUUUGUUGGACUGAAAAAUCAGGGCGCUACUUGCUAUCUGAAUUCUCUACUUCAAGCAUUGUAUUGCACAAAUAAAUUACGACGUGCAGUAUUUUUAAUGCCAACGGAAAGUGAUGAUGCCCAAACAAGUGUACCUCUGGCUCUGCAGCGAGUAUUUUAUGAAUUGCAGUUCAGUAGUCGUGCUGUAGGCACUAAAAAGUUGACUCGCAGUUUUGGUUGGGCCACUUUAGACUCAUUUAUGCAACAUGAUGCUCAGGAAUUAUGUCGGGUUUUACUAGACAACUUGGAAAACAAAAUGAAAGGUACUUCAGUUGAGGAUGUUAUACCCGGACUAUUUUGUGGGAAAAUGCUUUCUUAUAUAAAUUGUAUCAACGUUCCUUAUUCUUCUAAGAGAGAAGAAAAUUUCUAUGAUAUCCAACUUAAGGUUAACGGAAAUCGUUCUGUUUAUGACGCUUUCAAUGAAUACAUUGCGAAAGAAACCCUCUCUCAAGAUAAUAAAUAUGAUGCUGGUGCUUAUGGGCUCCAAGAAGCUGAAAAAGGUGUUAUAUUUACACGAUUUCCGCCGGUAUUGUACCUGCAACUAAUGCGUUUUCAGUAUGACUUCGUUGCUGAUACAAAUAUCAAACUAAAUGAUCGGUUUGAAUUUCCACCUAUUCUUAAGUUGGAUCAGUUUUUGGCUGAACCAAAACCAUCUACUUACAAACUUCACGCUGUACUUGUGCACUCUGGUGAUAAUCAUGGUGGUCAUUAUGUUGUAUAUAUAAAUCCAGCGCUAAAUGGUAUAUGGUAUCAGUUUGACGAUGAUGUUGUUUCACGUUGCUCACCCCGUGAUGCUAUCGAUAUGAAUUUCGGAGGUAGUGAUGAUCCUGAUAUGCGUCUUUGCACAAACGCUUAUAUGCUUGUGUAUAUCGCAGAUUCCGCGAAAGAUGAUGUUUUAUGCCCUGUUUCUGAGAUAGAUAUUCCUGAGACAUUACGCGAGCGAUUCAUGGAUGAACAAAAAAUGGAUGAGGCUAAAAGAAAACAAAAAGAAAAAGUUCAUUUGUAUGUCGCUAUUCAGUUAAUACUUGAAGAGGACUUCUAUGGUUGGCAAGGUCCAGAUUUGUGUAGUCAAGAGUUAUUGCCCAGUCGGAUGUUACGCGUUCAAAAACAAACUGUUCGUCCGAAAUUACUAGAAGAUGUAGCAAGUGUGUUGCAUUAUCAGCCUGAAGGAAUACGUUUGUGGCGGUUUCAACCUCGACGUAAGAACAUGCCUACUCAUCUAAUUGAACUUUGUGAUAAUCAACCAUUAUGCGCUAUGAAAGAUGCUCUCAUAUUUUUUGUUCAGUCCGAUACUUCGACUAAUUCAUUUAUUCCUCGUGUGGAUAAAGAACAAACUGUGAUAGAUCGACACUUGUUUUUCCUCAAAUAUUUCGAUCCAUUCACUUGGACGUCAACAUUUUGUGGCCAUGUGGAAAUUCGCAGAGAAGAAUCGUUGAGGGUUAUUGAACCAAUAGCUCGCGAACGGGUUGGAUUACCUUCUAAUUGUAAAUUAAUGUUUUUCCAAGACGAUGCGAAAUCUUUGAUAUCUGAAAUUACACAACUUGAUAUCCCAAUAUCUAAAAUGUAUAAACGCGAUAUCCAAGGACAGAUUUUGUACUUUCAAGUUAAAUCAAUGAAUUGUUCAACCCCACUACCAUUUGGAUUGAUGGAAACCACUGAGAUGGGGAAAGAAGCGUUGAGCAGUUUGGUAGAUGAUGCGCAUGUUUUGUCGUCUGUCGAAAGUCCUCUUACUGACAACAGCCAGGUUAUUGGUAUGAAUGGUAUAGUCAUCCCUUCAAAUAUCGUGGACGAUAAUGUUAGUGGUAACGCAGAUGUUUGCAGAGAUAUUUCGGAGUCUUCUGUUGUCUCGUUAUCGAAUAUUGAUUCCAUUACUUUGCAUAAAAUGGCUACUUUCCCAGCAGUAGCUGGCAAUAAAUCUCGAUCUUGUAUGAAUCUGAUGGGUCAACCGAUUACGGCGGAUUUACAAACGCAAACAAUCUCAUCUGCAGAAAAACUGACGAUUUUCGAUUACUUCAGCAGUUAUAUACGUCAGUUCGAAAUAUUAUUGGUGGAUAAGCUUAGACCUCAGGACGCUGGGAUUCUCAUUCAGGUGUCAGCCGAUCUUACGUAUUGGGAAUUCGCCAAUGUUGCUGCAGCUUACCUAUCAACGCAAAGUAACCGUCUUCAAUUUUUCCGUUCACAACAAGGAUUUGGCAAUACGACGGAUGCUGUUAAUGCACCAAUUUAUGUCUCACCUGUCUCCACUGGGACUGGUGUCACUGGAAGUGAACUUGCAUCUCCACCUAUCAGUUCAGAAACUACAGAGAACACUUGUGGCAAUAACAACGUUUGUUCUGUAGAGAGUGGGGCUUUAGGAGUUACAGGAACUCGUGGAUCACCAAUUCAUCCUCAUUUGUUAACAGCCAAAUCAUCUGGUUUCCCAACGUCGUCACCCUACUUAAAUUCACUUGUGGCAGCAGCAGCCGCUCAGGGUUUGAUGCGAGAACCUCCCGGUCCUGCAAUCAGCUCUUCAUAUUCUGGUACAUUGCAGGAAUUUUUCCUUCCGUUUACUGUUGCGCACACGAAUACUUCAUGGGCUUCUGAUGUUGGUGGUAUCGGGCCAGGUUUAGUUAACAGCGGAAAUACAUUGUCAGGAACUGGUGGAAAUACUCCCACUCCAGAUCGCUUCCCAAUACCGCUUAAUCGUUUUUGUGGUGCUGUGACUGUUAGCCGUUCUCCUUUGGGUCCUGUUACUUCUUCCCCACCUCGUCGUGUGUACUACGCACAUCUGGCUAUUCGAAUUGAUGAACUUGAAACAAUGCGUCAAGUUCGUGUGAUUUAUGUUGGGCAAAAAUUAUCGGAAAAGGCAGAAUUAAUUCUUUCAGUACCCCAGAAUGGUUUAGUUUUUGAUCUUUUAAAAGAAGCUUCUCGUCAUUUAGUCUUGCCUCCUGGUGGUUCUGGCCAACUGCGUUUACUCAAAAUCUCUCGUAAUCGAAUUAUACAAGAGUAUCCUCCAACACAAAAACUUUCACUCAUACCUGAAUCUGCUGUGUUUCCCCAAACAUAUGCAGGGUCGUCUCCUAUUCAUAGUCUUCGGAUUGAAGAAAUUCCUCUUGACGAAAUAAACUUGAAACCUGACGAGACUGUAGUGUACGUUUCUCAUUUUGACAAAGCUUUCACAGAGACUUUCGGGGUGCCGUUUACUGUACGCAUUCGAGAUGGAGAAAAUUACACUGCAGUGCGCGAGCGUAUACGUAAACGACUAGAAGUACCUGAAAAGGAGUUUGACCGUUGGCGAUUCGCUGUAAUUUAUCCAACUGAGGGCGCUUACAUCCCGAAUGAAGGAGAUCCCACAGUGCAGAUAAAAAGAUUUACUCACUAUUGUCUUCCUGAAAGUCGCCCAUGGUUGGGAAUUGAUCAUAAGCCAUCUAAACGUCCUCGUUAUGCUCCAAAUGAAAAACCUAUCAAGAUUCAUAAUUAAAAAAUUCAUUCAUUGAUUUGUGCGAAAUAUAUCUUCACUUCGUUUCUCGCGCGACUUGGUUUUGAAGAUAUUUUUUCCUUCAGUUAUCUGCAGGCUAACUGUAAAACCAGUGACUUUUAACCAGCUUUUCAUAUUACCAGUUGUGAAUGACUUUCAAAAGCUUCGUUAACAUAUUCAUAGGUUCGAUGGAUUAUCUUUUUCACCUUGUCAGUACUUUGAAUAAUUAUCUAGUACUCUGCAGUGCUUGUGUUUGUCACUUUCACUGUGACAAUAUUCAUGUAAUUUCUUAGCUUUGCUGUUUGUAUUGUGCAUAUGAGACAAAUGUGAUGCUCUCAAAUGCUCAAGAUUCUUCGUACCUAUUUUGAAUUAAGUUGAGCUUGUCCACCGUCUGCAACACUAGUUAUGCCGUAAAGUGUUGUUGUCUAACUCUCAACCAAAUUUAUGAAUUACUUCGAAGCAUUUUAGAUCAAUUGUAUUGAAUAAAAUUUAUCUGCACAG